UCCGCGACUACAGUCUAAGGGAGGUAACUGUCGUUUCACCACCCUCUCCACACGAGGCGUACACAAUGGCACAACGUGUUUGACUGAGCUCUUUGGUUUUAACCGUUUUACCUGAAUCAAAUAUAUUUUCACAAUGGCCGAAGAGAAGUACAUUAAGAUCGCGGACGACUAUCAGGGUUACCCGCUGGACAUGUUCUGUAUACCCAAGCACUAUGAACAGGAUCUUCAACAUGUCCUCAUUCCCUCGGGACUUAUCGAUGAUAGGAUAGAGCGUCUGGCGAGAGACAUCAUGCGGGACUUCUCCCAUGAGGCCAUUGUCGGCUUGUGUGUCCUGAAGGGAGGCUACAAGUUCUUCACGGAUCUCCUGGACAAGCUCAAGGCACUCAACAGAAAUAGUGAAGUUUCAGUUCCCAUGGCUGUCGACUUCAUUCGGUUAAAGAGUUACAGGAUCUCGGAGACACAGAAGGAUUCGGUAAACCAGGUACCGAUGUCUUCCUACGGAAGUAAAGAGAACGACAUCUCAACAGGGAACAUCGAGGUGAUAGGGGGAGACAACCUGGCUAAUCUUGAAGGAAAGAAUGUUUUGGUUGUGGAAGACAUCAUCGACACUGGUGGCACGAUGACGCAACUGCUCGCACUCCUGAAGGAAGUGAAGCCCAAGUCUGUCAGAGUGGCAAGUUUGCUGGUCAAGCGGACGUCCAGGAGUGUGGGAUACAGGCCAGACUAUGUAGGCUUCGAGGUGCCGGACAAGUUUGUCGUAGGCUACGCUUUGGAUUUUAACGAGUACUUCAGAGAUCUAAGUCAUAUCUGUGUCAUCAAUGACAAUGGCAUCAGCAAAUACUCGGUGAAGAGAUAGGCAAGGCGGCGGCCAUAUUGUUUUAUACUGCAGCAGAUAAGGGGAGAUCAUUCCAGUCGCCACUUCUCAGGUCUGCAGCGCUGAUACACAACACAUCCAACAACAAUUUCUUUAGUUAAUUGAAAGAAUCGUGUUUAACAAAUGGUUAUGAAGAGACUCUCUAUGUAGCCUACUUGUGGUUAUGAAGAUCAUAUUUUGAUGAAACAGAUUUGAGCUGUUUCACAUCUAUUAACACAGCCAGAUGUGAGAUAAUUUGUUUAUAUCACCAACUUGUGUAUCCAGUCCCCAAGGAAACAAAUAUCAACUUUACAGCAUUCAUUUCAUUUCUGCACCUGUAACAGAAAUUACUUUUUUGAUCGUAGGACUUUAUAUGUUGUUGUUGUGUUUGUGGUGAUGCAGUGGAAUAUCUGUUGUAGGUUGCUUAAAAAAUGUUUUAGAAACAUAACCAUAGCCUCAUUGAAAGAGUGAUCAUCGUGUAAGUCCUUCGUCAUCCUGUAUUAAAAUUUGAGCAACAACAGUUGUAGUGUAAUUGAUGUUUCUACUGAGACUUCACCUUUUCUAAGAUGUGUUUUUAUAUAAUCUUUAUUUCUACCUGGUAGUCUAUUUCUGUGUCCAUGUGACACAAGAAGGGGGUUAGUGGGCAUUUGGGGGCACAGACACAACCUGUAGUCCGUUAGACAGAGACUAGUGAAAAUUUAGAUGGACCUGUUGUUUUCUCCCCUGAUUUAGUUAUUUUACAUAACCUCUGGUUGGAAGUGAGCUGGCCGACAUGACCAGUGGUGUCUACCCCUGAUUUAGUCAUUUUACAUAACCUCUAGUUGGAAGUGAGCUGGCCGACAUGACCAGUGGUGUCUACCCCUGAUUUAGUUAUUUUACAUAACCUCUAGUUGGAAGUGAGCUGGCCGACAUGACCAGUGGUGUCUACCCCUGAUUUAGAUGUACAUUCACUUGUUAACUCCCUGCUACACUCUACUGUGGUGGCAUUUAGAGUCAUUCAUCAUGUAAAUUUUAAAUUAAAGGGAAAUUAAUAGUAUUAAACAUUUAUGAAUAUUUUAACCAGAUUUAGGUCAAACAUGUUCAGUUUAGAAAACAUUACUUCUAUAUGUUAUCAUGUUAUUUUAUUGGCUAAUUGGAAAACAUGACCCUCAAUUUCAAAUGUGCAGCAACGUUUUGUGGAUUAUGUCCCUACAGCGCUACAAUGUCAGGGGUAAAAAAAUGUUGCUGUAAGCCAUACACGAGUCGUCGUAUAAUGAGAAUUUAUUCCCUUUUUGUUAGAUAAGGCCAUAUUUGACUUUUAGUCCAUGAUUCUUGGCAUCAAAGCUUCAUAUCAGCGAUAGAUUGAGGAGCCAAAACUAAUGAUUGUACUAUACCAUUCAAAGGAAGUUAAAGAACACCAGGUUCUUUCCUAUUGUUAUAGUUAAUCUGCCAUGGUAUAAGUAGUAUAUGUUUUACAUUUAUAACAUUAGUCCAAAUUUGUAGUUAUUCAUUUAAGCCAUGCAGAGUUGUGUCCCCUAGCCAUGCCAGGAUCUGGUAGUGGGAUAAAAUUCCAUAUUCACUAUGAUUGUGAUCCUUAGUCUAUCAGAACCAUGCCUACCUUUGUUUGUGAUUUUGACCCAAGUUAUAAACGUCUGUUCACAACUUUGUCUUGGCUCUUGUAUCCAGAUGACACCAGUGCUGAUAUUCCAGUGCUUCAUGGAGAUACAGGUCAAUGUCCACACAAAACUGUGUCUCUAGUUGUUCCAGCACCGAGACAGCAUGGAUUCUCAAGAUUGUUUGUGAUCAGUUAUAUCAAUCAUUAUGGAUGAAUGAUCUUUGAUGAACAAUCAUUAGUGAGUCAUAGAGGAAACUAUACAAGUAAUGAUGUCGUCCUCGCUGACUUUCUUUUGCAGCUGUAUAUCAUGAUGUGAAAUUCAAGCACAAUUAAUGGGUGUGGUGUGGGACUCUUGUCCCUGCAAGCACAGACAGACAGACAGACAGACAGACAGACUGACAGAGACACGCUGCAUAAGUACAAUAAUUUUGGAACACGACAAUGAACCUGAUAUCACCUAGAAAACAAGAUCUUCGGUGUUUGGUUUUGCUGCUAGUAGUGCUCCCUCACCAUGAUAUUGCUGGGGAUAUUGCUCACAGUGGUGUAAAACGCAACUCCCUUACUCACACUGCUUUCAUGCUUUAGUUGCCUACAGUAACUGCACUGUUCCCUCGCUAUUGUGCCCUCAAUAUAGCGCUAACUCAGUUGUAGUGCAGUAACUGCACUGUUCCCUCGCUAUUGUGCCCUCAAUAUAGCGCUAACUCGGUUGUAGUGCAGUAACUGCACUGUUCCCUCGCUAUUGUGCCCUCAAUAUAGCGCUAACUCGGUUGUAGUGCAGUAACUGCACUGUUCCCUCGCUAUUGUGCCCUCAAUAUAGCGCUAACUCAGUUGUAGUGCAGUAACUGCACUGUUCCCUCGCUAUUGUGCCCUCAAUAUAGCGCUAACUCGGUUGUAGUGCAGUAACUGCACUGUUCCCUCGCUAUUGUGCCCUCAAUAUAGCGCUAACUCGGUUGUAGUGCAGUAACUGCACUGUUCCCUCGCUUUUGUGCCCUCAAUAUAGCGCUAACUCGGUUGUAGUGCAGUAACUGCACUGUUCCCUCGCUAUUGUGCCCUCAAUAUAGCGCUAACUCGGUUGUAGUGCAGUAACUGCACUGUUCCCUCGCUAUUGUGCCCUCAAUAUAGCGCUAACUCGGUUGUAGUGCAGUAACUGCACUGUUCCCUCGCUAUUGUGCCCUCAAUAUAGCGCUAACUCGGUUGUAGUGCAGUAACUGCACUGUUCCCUCGCUAUUGUGCCCUCAAUAUAGCGCUAACUCGGUUGUAGUGCAGUAACACGAGGCUUCCAAAAUUUACUUCCAUUUUUAGUGAACUCAAGUUUUACACAAUGUCUUUCCCCCAUCUCGAAAAACAUUAUCAGCUGAUCAACGAGAAAUAACAGUCAACAAAUCUAGACUGAAGUACACAAAUUAAUGCCAUUAUAUAUUUAUAUAUCUGGACUUCUGUUUGCAAUAUAUUUGAUUGAUUUUAUUCAAAUUUCAUUCAAUAUUGUUCAGUGAAAUUGUAUGUGAAGUGAUCAGUAGAUUGCACAACUCACCAUUAUUUACAGCAACCAGUCAGAUUACUGCUAUUGACGCCUUGAAACGAACUUUGGUUGCCAGAGAAUUGCUACAUGUAUCAGUAUAUGCAGUAAUUAUAUGUAUUAUCAUUUUAAGAACAUUUCAUAUAUCUAUUUGGUCAAUUUCUCAUUAUAAAACAAGGGGGAAGUCCCUGUGCAUAGUUGCUUCCCUUAGGAGUGCCAGAAUCCGAUGACUGUGGGUUUGAAUCCUGGUUCGCCUGAUUAUGUUUCUAGGUUUGUCAGCACCAUACCCACGCGCGUGGGUUUCACCGGAGUGGUAAACGUCUGAGACCUGCAUCACUCCAGGCUUUCCUCCCAUCAGUCUGACUGACACAAAGUAUUACAACAGAAAUACUCUUAAAAACGCAACAUUCACUAACACACUCACUAAAUUCAUCUAUGAAUUUGUAAUGACUGUAAAGCUGGUUGGUUGGUUUGUUGUUUAACAUUUGUUUAACGCCGCACUCAGCAAUAUUCCAGCUAUAUGACGGCAGUCUUUAUAUAAUCGAGUCUGGACCAGACAAUCCAGUGAUUAAUAUCAUGAACAUUACAUCGUCCCGAGGUAUGGGAGUGCAGUUGCCACCCUUACUGUAUUAGGCUAGAAUUAUGGAGUUAUGUUUUGGGCUGGACUAAAGUCCAAUCAAAAUCUGGUAAGGAAAUUGACAUUCGGUUUGUCAACCGCCGUGUAGAUUUUGGUUUAUUGCAAGAUUUGUAGAGCAUGUGCACCGCCAACUUGGCAUCAACAGAUAUUUUCCAAAUCCAAUCAUGUUCCUAAUAAUGGUGCUCAGGUGAUUUGAUGCACCUUGCGAAGUAAAACUCAUUUUAUUACAAAUAGAUCUUAACUAUCGAUCUAAUCAUCUUGACUGGCUUCGGCCAUGUUGGUUGAAGCAAAUGCAAGUGAUAUGAGAGGUGGAAUCUGAUUGGUCAAUAGGAGGGACAUAACUCGUAAUAGCCACUGGUGGUGCUACAAUCGAGCCACGAAACUCCAGCCUGGUUUGGCAAGGGUGGAAACGACUUUUAUAGUCAGUUACCUCCCUUGCCUCGGGAAGAUUGGACUAUUAUUGUGGGAUGUGAUCAGUCAUUUGUUCUGUGGUUUUACUGGUUUCUUUUUGGAAGCAGGCCAUUGCCUGAUUUGUUUGUUAUCAAUAACAACUACAUGGCAAUCUGCUGAUGGUAUUGACAGGUGAUGUGGGAACACAGUGUAUACAAAUGGGGGAGUAUUGAUGAUAACAUUAGAACUGCUACCAGAUACUUUGUACUCUGUCGGUCUUAGACAGUAUGGUUUGUUGUGUACACCGAAGAUUUGUUUAUUUCAUCACAAUUAAGUUGUUAAUAAAUGUUAUAUGAUCUUAGUUAUUUUCUUUUUAGCAUGUACCUGUUACUAAUGAGGAAUGGGUAAUUACUUUGCUAGAACUUGUUCUUGGUUCUUUUCAUGUACCAUAUUUGCCGUAAUAAGUGCCUUGGCAAUUAAAAAUUGGACAAAUAGGGGUUCGAAAUUAAUUUUAAAACCAUUCACAGGUCAAAUUUGUUGUCAGAUCGUGAGGCUGCGAAAAGUAUUAGUUCCAAUGUCUGUGAAACUAAACCUUUUUUCAUAAUUAAAUAUAGUUAUAUAUCCUUCCUACUCUGCUGUGUUUACUGUAAAAAGAAAAUAUGUAUUGUCAUGUCAAAUGCAGUUCUGCAAGGAAUACUUACAGAUUGAUCGAGAAGUUUGCCAGGGGCUUGUAUUGAAGCAGGGCGCUAUAUACGGUGAAUACGGUAUAUGAUUUAACUCAAGUUUUCGGGUGGGUGGGUGUGUGUCAUUAGGGUCGCAAUUGUACAUUCAGGGUCUUAUAUGAUAAUAUUGAUAUCAGAUAUACUGUAAUUGUUUAUUGAAGUUUGUAUUUUGUUAAUUUGAUUUUACAUUAUAGUUGUUUUUUAUUGAAAUAGUCAUUUCACAUGUUUUUACACUGUAAUACUGUUAUUAUUGGAAAGAAUAUAUAGUUACAUGUAUAAUGACAUAAUAUCAGUUAGUGUUGUGGGCGCUCCACGUCGCUGUGCAGAGUUGCAUCCCUUAGGUAUGCUAGAAACCUAUGAUUGUGGGUUUCAAAACCCCCUAUUUGCUUUGACUUGGUUCCUUGGUUUGGCAGCACCAUACCUAUGCAUUUGGGUUCCACUAAAGUGGUAAAGAUUUUAGACCUUUUAUCACUUUGGGUUUUCCUCGCCCCACAUUAAGCUGACAAGCCCUGACACAGUGUUAAAAGCAGCGUUAAGCCCAACUCACUCACUGAAUCAGGAUAGUAGCAGAGAGCAAAGAAGCUGUUUCAGAAAUUCAUGGUAUUUGUUGUUUGAUAUUUUGAAGAUUUCACACAGUCAUGUUCGAAUAAAAAAUAUAUCCUGUACAGGGUGCUUUUAAAUUUAUAGUAUUGAGGUACUGUUCAUUGUUUAAUGUCAUACAGUAUCUUUGUGUGACAGGUGCUUUCAGUUACCACUUUCCCAUACUCAGAAAAGGUGGCACCAUGGUUGGUGCCAUAACACAAAUACGGGUUUGAUUCCCCACAUUGUGGGAAGCCCAUUCUUAGUGUCCUUACUGUACUCUGUUAAAAAAUUGUAGCAGUUUUCAUCCUCACUUGUCUAGGGAAAGUUUACUUUGGUAAUGAUUACCUACCCUGGAGGGUGGUGGGGUAGCCUAGUGGUUAAAGGGUUCACUAGUUAACUGAAGACAGGGUUUGGUUCCAAACAUGGGUGCAAUGUGUGAAACCUGUUUCUGAUCUCGCUGCCAUGAUAUGGCUGGAACAUUGCUAAAAGUGGCUAAAAACCCUGCUCACUUACUCACACCUAAACAAGGUAAUAGAGAAUUCCACCCUCAUGUCUUUGGAUUUCAAAUAUAUCAACACAAGUUGAUAAAAGUUUAAAGCUCCAUGCUUGCUGAUGAAUUUUUAACUUGUUUAUACGUGUGUUGAUAUAUUUGAUGUCAAAAGACACGAGGGUGAGAUUCUGUUUAUCAUCCAAUAUCAUUCUCCCUACAUUUUCAGUUUGUAGAAAUAAUAACAGUGUUUGGAAUAAAAAGUACGGCUAUCCAGCUUCAGUGGCAGA